CAAGACAUCUUGCAACUUCUUCAUCCGGGAAGGCGCUGUGCCAAGCCAUGACAUAUUCCGCCUUGGCAGCUGUCGAUGUAACACCAGCUCAAUACGUCCUUCCCUAGUGAGGCUAUCACCUCCCCUUUUUAUGUUGCCAUGCCACUGACCUGCGAGGCAUAUCAUAGUCUGCUAGAGGAGGGGAAGCUGCGGGUGUUUAAGCGACGUUCACGAGCCGUUCAUCGUCCUUGCUUCUCAAGUUAUAAGAUGAGGCUCUCAGCUUCGUAUACUUGGCCAAGUUCCGAAUUGUCGAUGCCAAGCUUCUCAUCGCCUCACCACUAUUUGCAAAUCAUUCACCAUGAAGGCGUCGCUAAUCUCAGCCGUUGCCCUGAUCCCUGUGGCCUUGGGCGCGACUGUUCCGAAAUCUGCGAAGGUCGACUAUACUGGCUUCAAGGGUCUUCGCAUCACUAUCCCCGAGGGCUCUGAGGAUUUGGCCGACCAAAUUAAUGAGUUAGCUGCAACUGUAUUGAACCCCGGCGCCAAAGAACAGCUCGAUAUCGUCGUAUCUCCCAGCAAUGUCGAUGCCAUCAGCCAGCUGGUUGUGAAUACCACGAUUCUCCUCGAGGAUGUCGGCGCUGCUUUUGCGGAUGAAGAUGUGGCAACGGUGUAUGCUGUCCCCAGCGAAACCUGGUUCACUGCUUAUCACAGUUAUGCCGACCAUCUCACUUUCCUGAGAGACCUCCAGAGCAGCUUCCCAAGCCAAUCUGAAGUCACUACCGCGGGCUCAUCUUUCCAAGGCCGAGCGCUCACCGGUAUUCAUAUCUGGGGAAGCGGCGGAAAAGGGUCCAAGCCGGCUGUUGUUCUCCACGGCACCGUUCACGCUCGCGAGUGGAUCAGCACGAUGACUACGGAGUAUGUGGCUUGGCAACUUUUGACCAAGUACGCAACAGACUCUGCCAUAAAGGCCGUGGUUGAUAAGUUUGACUGGUACAUCACUCCUGUGGUGAACCCAGAUGGCUUUGUUUACACUCAGUCCACUGACCGUCUCUGGCGCAAAAAUCGCCAGACCAACACCGGCAGUUCCUGCGUUGGUCGCGACCCCAACCGUAACUGGCCGUAUAAGUGGGAGCUGACCGGAGGUGCUUCGACGAGCCCCUGCGCCGAGACUUACAAGGGUGCUGCCGCCGCCGAUACCCCAGAAAUCAAGGGCCUCAAGGCGCAGAUCGACUCUCUGUCUGCUAGCAGGGGUAUCACACUAUACCUCGAUGUCCACUCCUACGGACAGUACAUCCUUUGGCCUUAUGGGUAUGACUGCAACUACGUCGCUCCCGAUGACGCUGCGCUACAAAGCAUGGCCCAGCGCGGUGCGACCGCUAUUCGUGGCGUUUCCGGCACCAGCUACACUAUUGGCAAUGCUUGCCGUGCUCUGUACGCGACCACAGGCGAUAGCACCGACUAUGUUCACGGCGUUGCCAAGUCCAAGUACACGUACACCAUUGAGCUUAGAGACAGAGGAACCUACGGCUUUUCACUUCCGGCAAGUCAGAUCUCAGCUACUGUGAAGGAGACGUGGGCUGGAGUUCUUGCUAUGGCCCAAGCUGCAUGAUGAAGGAACCACCUCGAUCGCAAGCCCACAAACAUAACUUGUGAAGGAGUGAGGUCUCACUUGUUUCAGACAUAGGAAGGUUGAGAUAAUUGUAUAGCUUUGAAAGUAUCCGUUAAUCCAGCUUUGGACCUAAUCAAGGUUGAUGUGAUCGUUGACCUCUGCCCACGAUUCAUCUAGAUUUGCGUUUGCACGCGGAUGUUCAUCACUUGUCGAGGCGUAAAACGUUCAGGUCUGAAGUUCCACCGAGGAGGAUACCAGUCGAAUGUUUGCCACGUCGCGUAAGUCAUGAGGGGAAAGCACUUUAAACAGACCAAGCCAGUUGUGAUACAAAUAGG